CCUAAUCUGCACCUUCACCUUCUUCUUCUUCUUCUUCUUACUGUGGAUCGGAUCUGAGUUAAAGAAGAAGUUAUUAAACAAACUGGGGUUCACAAUCAUUGCUGUUCACUUUUGACUUUGCUUCACUUCUAGCUCCUAGAAUAGAAGAUGACUGUCAGAACACCAAAUUCAAAGAUAGAUAGAAGCCCCGUGUCUACCCCAGGAGGGCCAAGAGCUAGGGAAGAGAAGAUCGUGGUAACAGUAAGGUUAAGGCCUUUGAACAAAAGGGAGCAUUUGGCUAAAGAUCAGGUGGCAUGGGAUUGCCUUGAUGAUCAUAUGAUCGUGUAUAAACCACCAGCACAUGAACAUGCACCUCAACCAACCUCUUUUACUUUUGAUAAAGUUUUUGGUCCUGCUUGUUUGACUGAGACAGUAUAUGAUGGAGGAGUUAAGAAUGUUGCAUUGUCUGCAUUGAUGGGCAUUAAUGCAACUAUUUUUGCUUAUGGACAAACUAGCAGUGGAAAGACAUACACAAUGAGAGGCAUAACAGAGAAGGCUGUCAAUGAUGUAUAUAAGCAUAUAAUAAGUACCCCAGAGAGAGAUUUCACCAUAAAAAUAUCUGGACUUGAAAUAUACAAUGAGAAUGUUAGGGAUUUGUUGAAUUUGGAAUCUGGUCGCAAUCUGAAGCUUCUAGAUGAUCCCGAGAAAGGUACUGUGGUCGAGAAAUUAGUGGAAGAAACAGCGAAUGAUGACAAGCAUUUGAGACAUUUGAUCUCUAUUUGUGAAGCUCAAAGGCAGGUUGGUGAAACUGCUCUAAAUGAUAACAGCUCACGGUCUCACCAGAUAAUAAGACUGACAAUUCAAAGUACACUUCGUGAAAAUUCAGAUUGUGUGAGAUCUUUGGUUGCAACUCUGAACUUCGUUGAUCUGGCUGGAAGUGAGAGGACUGCACAGACACAAGCAGAUGGCACUAGACUCAGAGAAGGCUGCCAUAUUAAUCUUAGUCUGAUGACUCUUACCACUGUGAUCAGGAAGCUUAGUGUUGGAAAAAGAAAUGGUCAUAUACCUUACAGAGAUUCAAAGCUCACACGUAUACUGCAGCACUCCCUUGGUGGGAAUGCACGCACUGCCAUCAUUUGUACUCUGAGUCCAGCACUAAGCCAUGUAGAACAAUCGCGAAACACUCUCUUCUUUGCUACCCGGGCAAAGGAAGUAACAAAUAAUGCUCAAGUUAACAUGCUUGUUUCAGACAAGCAGCUAGUUAAACAUUUACAGAAGGAAGUAGCUAGGCUAGAGGCAGAGCUGCAAACUCCUGAUCAAUCAAGGGAAAAGGAUUUCAAAAUUCAGCAGAUGGAGAUGGAAAUUGAACAACUGAAAAACCAAAGAGAUCUUGCAGAAUCUCAGGCAGACGAGUUACGCAAGAAGCUUCAGGUGGACCAGCAGGUCUCAAAUCCAGUUGAAUCACCCCAUUUAUCAGUCAUGAAGUGCCUCUCAUACACUGGUGCACUAUCAUCACCAAAACCAGAGAGAGUAAGAAACAAAGCAUUAAGGCAGUCGAUGAGAAAAUCAUCUAUGGCUCCUUUUACCCUUAUGCAUGAAAUUCGCAAACUUGAGCAACUCCAGGAGCAACUGGGGGAAGAAGCUAAUCGAGCUUUGGAAGUAUUACAAAAGGAAGUAGCAUAUCAUAGACUAGGUAACCAAGAUGCAGCUGAGACAAUUGCAAACCUGCAAGCUGAAAUAAGGGAAAUGUGUGUUGUUAGGUCUACACCCAAGGAAGUUGAAGUUGGAGGCAUGGUUUCUGUAAACAAGAGUGUCAGUGCUAAUCUCAAGGAAGAAAUUACUCGACUUCAUUCACAGGGAAGCACAAUUGCAAAUCUUGAGCAACAGCUUGAGAAUGUUCAAAGGUCUAUAGACAAGCUAGUGAUGUCUCUCCCUAACAAUUAUCAACAGCUAAAUGGUGCAGCAUCGCCUAAGCAGAAAAAGGAACACAAAAAGAAAAGGUUGCUUCCUUUGGCUUCAAGUAAUGCUGCCAAUCUGCAAAAUAUUAUAAGUUCUCCCUGCUCACCAUUAUCAGCUACACUGCAAGUUUUGGAAUCUGAUAUUGAAAAUAGAGCUCCUGAGAAUGAAGAUAUUGUUUUGAGUGAGAAUCUACCAGAGUCUGAGAAGGAGGAGACUCCAUCAAAGAGUGAAGGUGGAGACGUUUCGUCCAAGGAAAACAAUUCAGGUUAUCAACGCUCUAGUUCAGUUAACAUGAAGAAAAUGCAGAAAAUGUUUCAGAAUGCAGCAGAGGAGAAUGUAAGAAGUAUAAGAGCAUAUGUCACGGAAUUGAAGGAACGCGUUGCCAAAUUGCAAUACCAAAAGCAGUUACUUGUUUGCCAGGUUCUUGAGCUUGAAGCAAAUGAAGCAAGUGGCCACAAUAUAGAAAAUGAGGAAUAUGCUUGUGAACUGGAGGAACCCCAAGUUUCAUGGCAAAUAACAUUUAGAGAGCAGCGACAGCAGAUAAUUGAAUUAUGGGAUGCUUGUUUUGUCUCCAUAAUUCAUAGGACCCAAUUUUAUUUGUUGUUUAAGGGAGACCAAGCUGAUCAAAUAUAUAUAGAAGUUGAGCUAAGGCGUUUGACGUGGUUGCAACAGCACUUAGCAGAAGUUGGGAAUGUAACCCCAGCUCAUUUUGGGGAUGAACCAACUACCUCGUUGUCAUCAAGUAUCACAGCCUUGAAACGAGAAAGAGAAUUCCUUGGUAAGAGAUUGACAUCACGUUUCACGCCAGAGGAGAGGGAUGCAUUGUACAUGAAGUGGGAUGUCCCACUUGUUGGGAAGCAGAGGAGGAUGCAAUUCGUGAGCAAGCUCUGGACAGAUCCUCAAGAUCCCCAUCAUGUAAAGGAGAGUGCUGAAAUAGUUGCAAAGCUUGUGGGCUUUUGUGAAGGAGGCAACAUGUCAAAGGAGAUGUUUGAACUGAAUUUUGUGCUUCCAACUGAUAAGAGGCCGUGGUUAAUGGGCUGGAAUCACAUAACAAACUUUCUAAAUUUGUAA